CGCCUUUUCCUGACUGGCGGCGCGUCGGCUAACAAGGAUCUUCAGAAGAUUCUAUCAGAUAUGUUUGCCAUGGAUGCAUACAUCAUUAACGUCCCCGACUCUGCUGCCUUAGGAGGAGCAAUGCUUGCAAGAUACGUACACUACAACCCUUCAUCAUCCUAUAGCGACUACUACAGAAAUACAAGCAUAGAAAAAGUGGCGGAACCAGAUCUCAGGAUGUCCAGGAUCUACAGGGAAAUGCUGCCAGACCUAACAGCACUAUUCAAACUUUUGCCUGAGAAACCCUAA